AUGGCGGAAGCUUUAGCUGCUGAGCUCGGUUUGCAAUUAGCCCACCCGUCUUACUUGACGAAUCUGGUUCUGGAGACAGACUGCCUCACGCUCACCCACAAGCUAGCGAUUGCGGACGAUAUCCAUACUGAGAUCGGGGUUGUUUGCCGUAAUAUCCGAAGGCUACUCAGGGAGACAGGGAAUGGAACAUGGCAGUACGUUCCAAGAGAAGGAAAUAUGGCAGCACACAUCAUGGCCCAUACUGAGACCAGAUGGAAUGAGAGGGAGGUUUGGUUAGAUAGACCCCCUAUGAUCCUUGUUGAUCAGCUUAUAUUGGAUAAUGUAGCCGUGACAUCUGAUCAAUAA